AUGUUGUCUCGUCAAUUGUCCGUCACUUGUAAUUCACGAAUGAGUCCUCCAAAACAAGACGACCAUCGCUACUCCAUCCCGUCCAAGGCUAAAACCGUCUCUCAAGCCGAUGCCGAGCUUCGUGAGCGGCUCGAACAGAUGUCCGGAGAAGGAGGGGCUUCCGGAAUUGAAUACGAAGACGGCAAGCCGAGUGCAAUGAAACGUGGAGUACGAAACAAUAUGUUCCGAUUGAUAUGA